GGCGCUGAUGGAGUAAACAACAACAUUUUGUAAACAUGUGUUCAAAAUUAUAAAUUUAUCGAAAACUACUUUUUUAUUUUACUGUAAAACUAAAUUACCGCAAAUUUACUCUAGGUAAUUUACCUGUUAAAUGGCUCAGGUUACCCGUCUGUGUCCAUUGACUGGUUUCCUGUCCAGAAGAGUUAUCCCUUUAUCAAAUUGUUCACCAAUUCUGAGAAACUCACACGCUUUACCUCGGAGAUGUCCUUUUGUACCUAGUCUUGGAAAUCAUGUUAAAUUGGUCCGGGAUUCCAAGCUUUUUCAUGUCAACAAGUUGACCAGACAACCAAACAUCUUUCAAUCUAGGAACUCAAUCAGAUUCUAUUGUGAAAAAACACCUAAAAAUGGUUUAACCGAGCCAGAUCAUAUCCGAUAUUGGGAGACCUUUGAAGCUGAAAUGAAGCAACUCACUCUUAUUCAGAGAUAUAAAAAGAUGUUUAAAGAGUUUUGGUAUGUUGGUAUUCCGGUUGUUGGCAUUACUUCAGCUCUAUGGUUAGGUACAUUUUACCUUAUCGCUGCCAGUGGAUAUGUGAAACCUCUUGUUUCAAAACUCCGUGACUUUGGUGUUCCCGAGACUAUUGCAAAAGCUUUGGAAUCAGAUAAAGUGGGAACUCUAGCAAUUGCGGUUGUGAUGUACAAGUUAGCCACUCCAGCAAGAUAUGCUGUUUCCAUUGCCGGUACCGUAAAAGCCAUAAAGAUAUUGCUUCGUAGAGGAAUGAUCAAACCAGUUCCACCUAAGAAUAAGUUAAAAGAGAUAGUUUUAAAGAAGGUUUAUGAAAAAAGUAAACAACAGUGAUAAAUGACUUCUGUAAAUCAAGCAAUUAGCUAGUUAAUUGUAUUAACGAAACUUGUACAGUUUAUGAUAAAAAAUCAAUAGCCAAAAUUACCUAAAUCGUUGACUUAAAUUUCGCUCCCAAAAAUAUCAAGUAUUAUAAUACUGUUGAAGCCUUCCCAUCAUUUCAAUCGUUACACGUAUAAUCAUUGUCAUCACCAUCAUCAACAACAACAAUAUAAUUUUUGCUGCUCAAUUCAGUUCACUGUAGUGAUUAAAGGCUCACUCGAAAGCAAAAAACAUCAAUCCUUUUCUAUCCAUUUUAGUCUUGUUUAAGGUUUAUCUUCAAUAACCAUAAAUGAUGAUGGUGAUGAUAAUGCUCAUAAUGAUAAUGAUAGGAAUAUUUUGCUACAUAAUUAUAAGUUUUUCAAGCUUGAUCUCAAGACGAAAUUCGGGGAAAACCGGACUCAACCAGAUUAGGUUUUUAUAUAAUGUUGACAUACAAAUCAUUUGAAUAGUGUUUUUUUUAAUGAUGAUUAUUGGAUAGUUGAUAUAGAUAUUAGUUGUUGUGGUCUCAUCAAGAUGAUAGUGCAAGUAUAACAAGAAAAUGAAGGUAAGAUGAUGAGGAUGAGUCAAAAAAAUGAAGGUAAACAGGCUAUUUAAAGUUAUCCAUCGGUAGGUAGAUUGAGAGUGAUUAACACUUCGAACCUUCAUUUGAGUGAAAAUUUCUUUCCAUUUUGCUUAAGAAGGCAAUGAUGAUGAUGAAGUGAUGAGCUGGGAGAGGUUGAAACCAGUUUUAGUCGACACCAAACACGAAUCCGAUCUAGAUCAAGACCCGAAAAUCAUUUUCAGCCUCAACAGCUUUAAUUUCUUUUGCUUCUUCUUCUUGUCAACUUGUAAUCUUUCUUUGUCUUCCUUUUAAUUUCUUUAAUAAUUGACCGAUAGACAAAUCCUUUUAAAAAUCAUGUUCCAAAAAUCAUCCAUAUUACCUUCAAUUGUAACUAAUUAAUCAGCAAUUUGCCAUCAAUUAGAAACUGUUUAGUUGUCAUUACAAAAAACAACCUUCAAAAGCUUUAACACAACAAUUUCACUCUGUAACCUGUGCAUCUUAAUUUGACCAUACUCAGCCAAUUCUGAACCUCUACAACAAUUAACUACGUAAUAAUACAAAAUGAGAUUACGAUUGUACGGAGUAUUUUGCCUUCUAUUGGUAAUACAAUUGACUAAUUGUCAAUUAAAUGAGGACGAUGAUGGUGGAGAUGGACGCUCAUAUGAAGGUGAUGUUGAAGAGCCUAAAAUAAGCAACAACAAUGGUAAACCUGAAGCAGCUGUGGAUGAAAAAAAGUCUACCGAGGUUAAAGUGAAUGAACAAGAAGAUUUAAGGCCACGAUCACAUUUCACCGAAGAACGAUUUACUCAAUUGUUUGUACCUCGAAAUUCAAGGCGUAAACUUGUUUCAGCUCGCUAUACAACAAAGCCCAGGCCAACUUUACCUUCUUUCAUUAAAAAACCAAUUAGCGUCCCACCUCCUGAUUUUGAGACACCAGCGACAAGAUUAUCAGGCACUUCAUCAACACGACCACCAGCUUCACGAACAACUUCAACCACCAGUAGGCCAUCAAGAGGACGGAAUCGAUCCUCUUCCAAUAGAUUUGAGGAACCCUCAUCAACAACAUCAACAACUGAAGCUUACCGUCGAUCCGCAUUUUCAACGCGCAGACCUUCAAAUCGAUUGUUUCCCAAUCGUAAUAGAAACUAGUUUGAACCAAUUUUAGCCAAUGGACAACAAUUAUAGUAAUCAUAUUAAUAUUAAUGCUACUAAUCAUAAUAACCAUAAUUGAGGCCAACGAUAACAGUUACGUUUAUUCAUUUAAUCUCAUUCAUCAAUAUAAUAACCUAAAAUAGACUCAACCGUACAACAAAAAGCAAUCAUUUUAUAUGUAGAUUCAAAUUGACCCAACUUUUUGUUAAUUAGUUUUCUUCCGAUGAUACAGUAAAUAUUAUGAUUAAAUUAAUAUUUUUAAAAAUGACUCCUAUAUUCCUGAUAACAUUGCGAGUGUUUUUAAAACCAAGAUAACAAGGUCUCUAUCGCAGUCGUUAUGUACAAUUGAAGGUUUAUUCACAACAUCGAUAAAUUACUUCUGUAAAUCAAACUAAAAGCUUGUACAGUUUGGGAAAAAACCACUAACCACUUAAAUUGUUAACUUAAAUUUCGCUCCCAAAAUAUCAAGUAUUAAAAUACUUGCAGCUGUUAUUUUUGUCUUGUUUAUCAAUGUUUUUGUCUAUUCUCUGAAUUAUCUUGCAUUUCAAAUGUAAAUCGUUGCUACAUUUAUCUAUUGUUUUUUGAAUUUGUGUGCCUAACAAGUAAGUGCUCUUGAUAAAAUAUGGAAUCCAACAAGAAUGACAACUCUUCUAUACCUCCAUCAUUCACCCAAUUGAUGGAAUAUCAAGUUUCCCUUCAUGUUAUGCUAGACCAAGAAAACUCACGAUUCAAUGAAUUCACUAAGCCAUUGGAAAUUGACACUUUGAUUACUCGAGCUUCACAUUAUUUGUCCAAAUUGAAUAACGUAAAAAAAGAUAUGGAAAUGUUAUCGGAGAAAGCGGAAAGAAUAAGAAAACGAGGUUUAAAGUUACAAGAAAUGGUGCAAAAGCAAAUCUUGGAGAAAGAAAUGAGAAAAGAUGAACAGCUUCAGCGAGAGAAACAAUUGGCACCUGUGGUCCUUAAAGGUUCACCUCCCAAAAAAUAACCCGGAGUUAACCAAAAAUGAACAUAAAAAGGGUUGCAUGUAAGACCAUAUGUGAGAAAGGAUUUGAAUAUCAACUAUUGUUUUUUACUUUUUUGUUGUACAUUUGUUUGAUUAUUUUUACAUUGGAUUUCAGCCAAUUAUUCAAUGGCAGUGAAGUAAAAAUUUAAAUUAUUCAAUCUA